AGACAUUCGACGUUCGGUUCAACACUUCCGCACUGGCUAGCCGGAGCAUGCGGGAAAGAAACCGACCUUUGUCCAGAGUUGUUGUUCAGCCGUUGUCUCUUUUACCCCUCAUACUCUCUCCACCACUUGCCGCAGCAUGUGGACGGCACCGUCUCUGCUACGGUCUUAGUAUCCAUACGACCCCCUCCGCCUUCAGGCUUUCGGUCCUAGCCGAUGAAACCUCCGCAUCGUCGGGCGUUUAUGACUUUCACUCUGUCCCGCUGUUACCACGGGCGGGGCCCACGUUGCGAGAGACAGGGAGCGGACACCGUCGUGUUAGUGUACAUAACGCUAGAUGAGAACCAGAGGCAGUGGUUGAGAGGGUCUUGGG